AUGGUUAUCUUUACCGUUGUGCAUCCCUUUCUCCUGUUUCAUCCUGUGACCGUGCAGCCCAACCAUGACCAUACUUCAGAUUUAGCCGGUGUGCUGAAAUUCGACCAACUAGUCACCUUUGGCCGACUUGCAUCCAUCUGGAGACAGCCCCGAUUUCGGGAAUGUGAGAUUAUCUGUAUUCUGCAACCACCUGAUGAAAAAGCUUAUGGUGUAGUCAACUUUGCUAUGGAUAUAGAUACCAAUCGCCCGGUCGCUGAGAGCGCUAAACAGAGACCAAAAAGGCGGUUUUCACAUCUGUUCAGGCGGCGCUCACUGUCUUCUUCGCCGCGAACCUCCAAGCUCAAACUCAAAGAUGUCCUUGUGCCAUACCAGCUGGGCAAUUUGGAGGUGGACAGUAGCUACCAGGAGUUCAAGUCGCAGGUGUCAAAGGAGUCAAAAUAUUCGCAGAUUGUGAGACUGGCCGAACGACAAUCGCAAACCGUUUCAGACCACGUUCCUCCCAACGUUGUGGAUCAAGAACUAAGAGACCGUUCAGCGUCGCUCACCUCCUUCGGGUCAAGUGUCCACAUAGAAGAAGCCCUUCCGGUCACGGCCAUAUCUCCUAGUCCAGAGCGGCCCCUCAUCAGCGUUCCUCCAGUACCUGCCCGUUCUCCGGGAAAAGGGGCUCCCAUCAGCCCCUGGAACAAUUCCCCAAUGCCACAAAAAAUUAUCCUUGUCGAUCGCCCCGAUUGCGAAGGAUCCCCAAAAAUCCCACAUAUGCAAAACGACACGCAAAACCCUUUUUCAUUUGAAACCUGGUCCUCUUCCGUGUCGCCAGACAGAUUAUCUCUAGGAGACCAAACAGGCGAAAUAGUCGAUCUGUACCAGAACUACGCAGCUGGAGAGAUGGGAGCCAACGCAUCGAGAGAGUCGAUCGACGCACAACACGAAAUAGAGCCCAGUACAGAUACACCUAAACAAGUGCGUGGAGGUGCUGCCGUUCCCACCACGCCCCAAUCACUGCACCGCGAUGUCUCGUCCAGCAGUCACCCCGUGAGCAGUUUUGCCACCCCGCCCCUGGAAGACGACAACGAAUGCUUUAUUGACUGGAGCGACUCCGAUGGGCCAGAACGACGCGACUCCGGAAAACGGAUCGUCGAGACGUUCCGAAGUCUGUCGAUCUCCAAGCGGGCGAAAAAUAGUCCGCGCUCAAGCCAGCCAGGCUCUAAACGAGCAUCCAUAGCGACCUCCUCCAUAUCGACCCCGCGUCUUGCCUCGUCGACCACAGAGUUGCCCGAGAGAGUGGUUCUGCGGUCUCCGUUCAGAAGCCAUUCCGAGCAGCUACCGACCUCGCCAAAUCGUCCGGUACAUAUUCCAGAGGGGCCACAGAUUACUCCGCCAAGGCCCCCAAGCCGUCCACGGUCUGAAAGCAUGGGUACGGAUACACCAACGCCGACGAGGGCCCGGCCAAACCUCAAAUACUACUACAUGUAG